AUGAAUAGAUCUAUAGGCAUUCCGUACGGGCAACAGCAUACCGCCAUCAUCCACCGUGAUGGGAAGCCUCAACGACAUCCGAGGCAGUACUCUGGAAGAGCAGCGGGGUCAUCACCACCCCCAACUCCAACCUCCGCAGAUCGAGCACUCCGUAGCCGACACAGUCCAAGGGGUGAGGACCGCUCUUCAAGAAUUGAAUCCAUUCCACCUCUUACCAAAGGAAGCGUUUCUUCAACAUACCUGUACGUGAAAAUGGAGGGCGGAACGGACGUAUUUUCCGUGGAGAAAGCGCGGCUCACUGUUUUUGAGGCUGCCAUCAAUGAAGACCAUGAGUACAAAGCAUCCUCAGCUGGCGUCGUAUGCUGCUUUGCUGUGAGAUGUGCUGACACUGAAGACGGCCUUGUCAUAACCGUCGAUCAUGAUAACAAGAAACCAGAGCAUGCUUACACGAGAGUAGAGUCAACGCAGCAGAGCCGGUCGUCGUCGUCGUCAUCAGAGUCCGAAUUCAUACUCUAUGCACAAGCCGACCAUUGGAGGCAGUUCUUUUCGGCGAUCCCCAAGCGUCCCUUCCAGUCAUACUGGGGAAUGCUUCGGCUUCUAGGCACAGAGGCCAACGUCAAGGUUGAUGGUGACUUGACCGCCUUCACAACGCACGCCCACUUAUGGCGGCUCAUAUUGGACAAAAUCCGCUACGGAAUGCACCCUCCUCGGAAGGAGGGAAUUGCUUUGACAGAUUACGCCCCCGACGACGAACGCGACGACGAUUCCAUCCGCGGACAUUAUACUUGGCUAGGCCUUUCUUCUUCCAUGCCUAUAGGGAAGUGUAAGAUCUUCUACGAAGUGUCGGGCCGAGGUGAACAGCAAGUGCUUUUCCUCCACACUGCCGGCGCAGAUUCGAGACAAUUUCAUUCAAUGAUGAUGAGCAAAGACUUACAGCAAUCAUGCACGAUGUACGCCUUUGACCUGCCCGGCCACGGACGCUCAUUCCCUGGAACAGAGCAGUACCCACUAUCCUACGCGAAUUCCGAGGACUUCUACAUUGCCGUCAUAGGACAAUUCAUCGCCAAACUCGAUUUGAAGAAUGUCAUCGUCUCCGGAGCCAGCAUGGGCGGACAAGUAUGCCUUGCUGUCGCCCUUCGCGCCAAGGAGUUGUAUGUUGGCGGCGUCAUCCCCUGCGAGGCGUGCGACUACCUGCCCAAACAACAAGCUCAAUCAAUAUACGGCCUCGCGGGCGACGAGUCGGUGCUUAACCCGGAGCGUGUGUGCGGAAUGAUCUCGCCGACCUCUCCGGAGGUAUAUAAACGCUUGAACUGGUGGAUUUACUCGUCUCAAGCAGCGAGGAUCUUUCCCGGUGACCUGAAGUUCUAUUUCGAAGGCUGGGACGGCCGGGAUCGAAUGAAGAAGAUCGAUACGCAGGUAUGUCCGGUGUACAUGCUCACUGGCGAGUACGACUAUAGUUGUAGUGUGGACGCAAGUCGAGCGACAGCCGCAAAAAUUAAGGGUGCAGUGUUUGAAGAGAUGAAUGGUCUAGGACAUUUUCCGUUCAGCGAGGAUCCGGAAAUGUUCUUGCCGUACUUCAAGAGAGCGCUGGAACACAUUUGGCAGGCAAGAAGAUAA